GCUUCAGUUUGAGAUUGCUGUAAGGUUAGCAUCGGGGGCUCGUCUAUGCAUGGAGGGGAGGGAAGGAGGAGUACCUUCUACGGCGGCCGCCGAGGGGGCCGGGAUCUACCAGCCUCCUCCUCCGCCACCUUCGGCUUCGCCGGCGGCGACGGUGGUGAGAGACGAGAAGUCUGCUUGCCCAGUCGGCGUGACGGCGACGGUUAUGACGGCAGCCGCUUCGACAGCGGCCGCGGUGGUGGUGGGACCCGCCGCAGCUACGCCGGUGGCGGAGCCGAUGAAGAAGAAGAGGGGGCGGCCGAGGAAGUACGGGCCGGACGGCAGACUGCUGCAGCCGCUGAACCCGCUGCCGAUCUCGGCGUCCGUGCCGUCCGGUGUCGAGUACACGCCGGCAGCCGCGGUGGGGGCGGCGAUCAAGCGGGGUAGAGGGCGGCCAGUGGGUUUGGUGAGCAAGUCGCCUCGCUAUGGACUCGACUUCGAGCCACUCGGAGAUAUGGUAGCCUGCUCCGCCGGUGCAAAUUUCACACCUCAUAUCAUCACUGUUGCUUCAGGUGAGGAUGUUACUAUGAAGAUCAUAUCAUUUUCACAACAAGGGUCUCGAGCUAUUUGUAUUUUAUCAGCAAAUGGUGUUAUUUCAAAUGUUACACUUCGUCAGCCUGAUUCAAGUGGUGGUACAUUAACUUAUGAGGGCCGAUUUGAAUUGCUCUCCUUAUCUGGAUCAUUCAUGCCAACUGAAAAUGGAGGAACACGAAGCCGAUCAGGUGGCCUGAGUGUUUCUCUGGCAAGUCCAGAUGGCCGAGUUGUUGGUGGUGGAGUUGCUGGUCUACUGGUGGCUGCAAGUCCAGUGCAGGUUGUGGUGGGAAGUUUCGUGCCAAGCUACCAGAUGGAGCAGAAAAUAAAGAAGCCGAGAUCAGAAACCGGAUUGGUACCUCCACCAACAUCAGCAAUUCCUGUGUCAAGCGCAGCCAUGGAGGAAGCUUGUGGUAGCGCGCAAGGGAAGCACACUUCAUCAACGAGUAAACCAGAUCCUUCAACUGCCUCCUCUUUCCAGGCGGAAAGUUGGGCUGCUUCUCUGCAGUCGGCUCCUGGCGAUAGAAACUCGACAGACAUCAACAUAAGUUUGACUGGAUCAUGAAGCCAUACCAGAACAUUCUUUUCUCCCUCCCCUUAAACCAUAUAUAUAUAUGUAUAUAUAUAUAUAUAUACAUAUAUGUAUAUGUAUAUGUACAUGUAUAUAUACAUAUAUGUAUAUAUACAUAUAUGUAUAUGUAUAUGUAUAUAUAUGUAUAUGUAUAUGUAUAUAUACAUAUAUGUAUACAUAUAUGUAUAUAUAUAUGGCAGUAUGAAACAUUAUUGCAAUCUUAGCAUGCAUUUGCAUCUAUCGCGGAUAACAGAUCUUAAUGGUUUGGUGUGUGGGUUUGAUAGGUUCACGGCUUCAGCUUUUGCUUGUUUAAUUUAGUUGACGUUCUAUAUUGAAACACUAAAGCUUUUCCUA